AUGGCAGGCGAUCCCACAGUGAAAAAGCGAAAGAAACCGGCAAAGUCAUAUGACAAUCAGUUCUUGUCAGGACCCGAGUACAACCCUGAUCGUCCAGGCAAGCUUCAAAAGACACAGCAAGCCAAGCCCGUAUCCAAGCGACAAUUAAAGCCACGCAAGUACACUGUCAGUUUGGCCAUACCAGCAAGUAUCCUGGAUACAGCACCUACCUUGGAGAUGAAGACGUUAUUGGCUGGCCAGAUUGGACGUUUGCUAGCUAUCCACAAAGUCGACGAGAUUAUUAUUUACAGCGACAAGCCGCAAUCCCCUGGAAGCAAGAUAAACCCAACUCUAUUUCUGGCACGCGUAUUUCAAUAUAUGGAGACACCACCAUAUCUUCGAAAAGCUCUUGUACCUGUCAGCUCAGAUCUCAAGUUUGCCGGCUUAUUACCACAUUUGGAAUCUUCUCAUCAUCCAUCUCGAGAUGAAGGGCUGUACUAUCGUGAAGGUGUGACACUUGACAAGGAAGGUGCAUGUACAUUGGUGGAUGUGGGUCUUUAUCGAAGAGCAAGAUUGGAAAAGCAAAUCCAACCUGGCGUGCGAGUAACGGUCGAAUUACCACAACCGAUUGCAGCUGCCGAUACGCACAAAGGACAAAAGCCAAUCAAUGCCAAAGCUGUGAGCCCAAAGGUGCCAAGAGAAAAAUCAGGUCUUUAUUGGGGAUACUCUAUUCGGCUAGCAUCUUCUAUAUCCCGUGUCAUGACCGAAUCGCCGUAUGAGGGUGGUUAUGAUUUCACAGUGGGCGUAGCACCCGGAGGAAGCGACAUGCAUGGCAGCAAGGUCAAAUCAUUCAGCCAUAUUCUUUUAGUAUUUGGAGGUCUGCAGGAGGCUGUAGAAGCAGAUGAAGAUCUCAAGGUUACGGGAGAUGAUGCAGCCGAGUUGUUUGACUUGUUUAUUGAUCCAGGACAGCGUACAGGUGUACGUUCAGUACGCGUUGAGGAAUCUGUUGCUAUGGUGAUGUCUGUGUUUGGUCCAUCUAUUGAAGCCCAUGGAAGGUGA